UAAACUUGCUCAUAAAUUACAAUACAAAUAAAACGAAAGAAAAAACAUGUCGCAUUAUAUUCAUGACACUAGUGUUUUCAUUUAAUCAACAUUCAAUAUCACAUGCAAUCCGAUCCAUUUGAAUUAAAUGUUGAAUUACAAAAUCGAUGUACCUACAAACAUCAUCUUUCGUUUUCUUGAAAUAAAAUUCUUGCUGUGAAUUGUUUGGUCAGCGAAUAUAAAUUGAUUGUGAAUUAAUAGAUUUUCAAAAUAUAAAGAAAAAGUUGACAAAUGAGCGGAGCACAAAUUCUUGAUGAGUUUUUGUGAUAAAAUUCGAUGGAAACAAAUUCAAUAAAUGCUAUCUUGGGUACGUGAUAAAUUGGCAGAAGGUCGUUUACGAUGGCAACAAGGUUUACAGCAUCAACAGCAACGAAACAGUAUAUCCCCGCCACCACUUCCACCUCCGAAUGCAAUCGAUUCACCACCAGUUUCAACACCAAGCGAAAAUCCAAAUGAUUCAGACGAAAAUAGCCAUCAUUUGAGUCAACAGCCAGUCGUUCAAAUCAGUGCUUCGCGUCCAAAUGCUAGUCUAACUCUUCAGUUGCAGGAGUGCACACUUGACACCAUCAAACCAAAUGGAAGCAAUAAAAAGCGUUUGUCACACAUCUCAAGAGGUGAUCAAGGAAUUGGACGUGGAUUUUGUUCAAGUCAAUAUGAAUUAACGUCCAUUUGCAUUAAUCGUCGAUCAAACGAUUUAACUGUGCCAACCGUUAAUCUGCGAAUAUUCAAUUGUACUGGUUCAAAAUGUACGAUUUGUGCACCGGUCAGUUUAACAUUUACUGAUAUUAAGCGAAAAGUGGUUGCUGAAUUUUAUGCCAGGCGUCAGCUAUUUUUAACGCCAUGUCUCACAAAAUCUGAUUGUAUGCCGAGCAGUAGUAGUAGCAGCAGCAACCCACGCAAUCGAAUUGAGGAACAAAAAAUGAGCUGUGAUAAUUUAGACUUAGUUCAACUCUCUCGACACUAUAAAUUAGCGCGAAUUAGUAAGCUACAUGAGAAUUUUGAUGAGCAUUCAUCUUUGGCCACAGCAAAUGUACAAAAUAAUGAAGAAAUGCUGUUAAUCUUAUGUUCUAACAAUACAACUAAAGAUAUACCAGCAUUAGCCACGAACGAUAAGCAAUCGACUGAAAAUUCGGACAUAAAUGUGAUUAAACAUAAAUUGAAUUAUGACAGUGAGUGUGAUAGUGAGGACGAUGAUGCAGUAAACAGCACACGAUCAACAACGCAAGAAGAAAUCGAUAUGGCUACGGCACAUUUGCAACGGAAAUGUGUACGAGAACCAAAUGUUGUCAAUAUUGAUGAGUUGGUGUUACAGAGCGACGUUCAGUAUGAUAUUCGAAAAAUUUUGAUUUCUUUAGCAAAUUCAUGUGCCUAUGUUAUUGGAGCUGGCCCAUACGGAACGCGAAUCAUAAGCAUGUUAAAGCAAAGACUUGUACAACGAAAAAAACACGAACAAGAUACACAACAAUGUCUCAUCGAAAUGGGCUUCUCGGGACCAAAGGUCCAAUAUGCACUCAACAUUAACAACAAUGUUUAUGCAGCCGCCCUGGAAUGGUUAAUCGAAAAUCAAAGUCCAACAAAUCCAUUGCUAAGCACCGAUGAAACAUCAACCAUGAACUUAUCAUCAAAAUUUACGAAUAAUGCAUCCAUAAAAGAUAACAUUGAAUCUUUAUUAGAAAUUAUUCGUAUUUAUUGCCAGCGUGACCUUCCUCCGCCAGCCGAAAUGAUUCAAUUCAUUGUUGGAAUGGGUUUUGAUGAGGCAACCGCAUAUGAGGCGCUCAAAAUUACGAAAAACCAUCAAUCGAAUGCAUGCGAAUGGCUUGUCGGCGACCGCAGUAAAAUCCAUCAAUUUGAACAAAUCGAUGGUCUUCCAACUGAUUCACCAAUUUUAGCCGCUCUAUUGACCUCACCACACAUUCAACUAAGCCUAUCGAAUCCGAAAAUUUUUAUCGCAUAUUUAUCGAUACUUGAAGAUUAUGGUUCAAUGAGCAUAUGGAUGAAUGACAUGGAAACAUCUACAGUCAUUGGGCAGUUGCUUAGAAUCUAUCACGAGGAAAAGCAUAUUAUGGCAAUUAAUCAAUUUUCACAAAAAUAGCAUCUACAUUUUUUUUUAACCCUUAAGGUCCAUUUUCCAAGGCGGCGAUUACAAUCGUGUACGAUUUCAAAUCGUUGGCCAAAAUCGGUAACGAUUGAGAUCAAUGGUUUUUUUGACGCCAAAAUCGUGAACGAUUUAUUAUUUGUGGUUUUUUGACGCCCGAUUUGAAAAAAAAAUCGUGGACGAUUGCAAUCGUCGCCUUGGAAAAUGCAUCGAAUGUAAAAGCAACGAUAUCCAAAGAACACAAUACAACCAAAACAAAGCAUUAUUUAGCAAUGUGAUCUGCACUGGAACAAUUAAAAAAAAAUGAAAACGAUACUAGUCGAUUAUGCACUUAACCGCUCAGUUCAACUAUUAACUAUUUUGUCAUUAUUUCAUCAAUAUUAUUCUCCUGAUGGACAAGCAACGCUUCUGAGCAUAUUCAGGAUUACAAAACAGAGAGUAAAAUGUAGUUGCGUUGAGAAUGUAAUUCUAACUGAUGUGGCUUGCAUAUUUUAAUCUGUUUAGAGUUAUAAUUCUAGAUAAUUUAUUUGUAGCAUGGUAUAUUUAUAAUUGCAAAUUGAGAAUAAUUUUAUUGUUAAGAAAGUGUAUUCAAACAAAAUUAAGUACGUAAGAUUUGGCAAAGAAGUAGGCAAAAAAAUUGUAAGAAUUUAAUCACUAUAAGUCGAAUAAAUUCGGUUACAUGUGACUGAUUGUUAGUCACUUUUUCGGCACAUGAGCAAAUGACAUAAUCUAGAGAAGGCGGUUAUCGCGAAUACUUUAAUGCUUUAAUGUUCUUUUUUCGAUUGAUAAUGACUGAGAAGAAUAAAAUCAGAAAACAAAAGAAAAUAGUAGAUUGAUUCGAUUUUUUUUUUGUAGAUUUUAUCAUGAUCAU